AAUAGUUACAAAGUAGGAUAACGUCCGAAUGGCAGGAGAAAGUUAAAAAAAAGGAUGGGUAAAUGUAAAUUCAACGACAAUUGGCUCUCAAUAGGGCAAUUUGCAGACUGGCUGAAACGCGUUCCCGCUGAUGACAGUGAGGCAUACUGCACGUUUUGCAAAAGAACUCUUAAACUCGGGACCCUGGGCAUCAAGGCACUGGAGUCUCACACAAAAUCCAGCAAACACCAGGAGUCGGCAAAUGCAGCACGCAAUUCCCAUGGAAUUGCCCAGUUCUGUUCAGUAGCAAGCAGCACGUCAUCAAUAAAUAAUACGGGUAAUAUUCGUGAUCUAUUGGGCUCCACUGAUACAAUGAAGGCAGAAGUUCUGUGGGCGCUUAACACAGUGGCUAAACACCAGUCAUGCAGAUCCAAUGACGGCAUCGGAGAGCUUUUCCAAGCGAUGUUCCCCGACUCCACAGUUGCCAAAACAUUCCAAUGCGGGAGAGACAAGACGUCGUACAUACUCCGAUUUGGAGUGGCAGAGUUCGUCAAAAAAGAGCUUAUCUCAAAGGUGACCGGGCCCUUCGUCAUUAUGUUUGACGAAAGUCUUAACCACGCAACAAAGAGGAAGCAACUGGACCUUCAGGUAAGGUACUGGGAUGACGGCCAGGUACAGUCCCGGUACCUGGGCUCACAAUUUAUGGGCCAUGCCACAGCAAACGACUUGCUGAAGGAGAUCAAAGAAUGUGCGGGCCACCUGGACCUCAGCAAGCUGAUUUCGAUCUCAAUGGAUGGUCCAAAUGUGGACAAGAUCCUCAGGGCCUUGCACACAUUGUUGCAUAAUGUUCCCGCAAGACGAGAGGACUACGAGAAGACCACCAGGUCUACCCGCUUCCCGUUGGCAUGGUGUGGGCACCGAUGGCUGGUAAACCUGCCUGUCGUGAUACGAGCGUUGGAUAUCUGGUCAUCUAUGCUGGUGUACACCAAUGCUGUGAGGAGAAAGGAGCUUCCAAAUCCUGGCACUGGAAGCUUUGCUGUAAUCGAAGAAGCCCAGAAAGAUCCCCUGACUCUACCUAAGCUGCAGUUUUUCAGGAGCAUCGCCCAGCUAUUUGAUCCGUUUUUAAGGAAGUACCAGACUGAGGAGCCGGUGAUGCCUUACCUAGGCAAAGAUCUGGCAGAGUUGAUCAAGAGUCUGAUGCGUCGUUUCGUGAAACGAGAGGUUCUGCAGGACAUCACCACAGCCCAGCUUACCAAACUGGACAUAGGUGACAAGAAUAUCUUGAUGCCGGUGCACUGUGUUGAUAUUGGCUUGGGUGCUGAGGAGGCCCUCAAGAACAGCAAAAGUUCAGACCUCAGGAUUCUUGAAUUUAAAAGGGACUGCAUGCAAGGACUCUCAAGCAUGGUGAAGAAAAUACAGGAGAAGAGUCCUCUUAAGUACAGUACCGUUAGGCAGAUGGAUUGUCUAGACCCCACAGUGAUGAGCAGUGAUCCAGACGGCUGCAAGGCAAAGAUGAAGGGACUUGUGCAGACAUUUCUGCUCAACAGGCAGCUGGCAGGAGGAGUUUGUGCUGGGGACACCAUUCUCCAACAGUUCGAUGCUGCGUUGUCUGUGGAGUGCAGGCAUGAAGAUUUCAUCUCCUUCAAGCCAAUGCAAAAGAGGCUAGAUGGCUUCCUUCAUGGCUUCAUCGGCAAGGCAUACCCAGAUCUUUGGGCCUUUUGCAAGACCCUUUUACUGCUUUCUCAUGUCAGUGAGCGACCCGAGCGCUGCGCGGCAGCACUGCACCUCGAGACGCUCUGGACCCUGGACACCCCUCCCUCCCCCUCCACCCCCACAAUCCCAGCUCAGCCUCGCGCAGCCCGGCUCCCAGCCUCACACACGUCGCCGUUGAGCACUUUUGGCGACCACAUUAAGAUGAAGAACCAGCUUUGA